AUGAAUGCUUCCUCCCAGGCCGGGGACCUUGAGGUAAUGGGCCUCACUGGGCUCCCCACUAACGAUGAACUCGAGGUCGCUCACUACCCCCAACAGACAUCUCCCUCCUCCAACCUUGCCGAAGGCCUCUGGGUCUACAUCUCGGGCGAGACUGAUUCAGACCACCUUGAAUAUCCCGAGGUCUCGGCCAGCCCUGAUCCCAUCAUAUCCCCUGAAUACUACUGGCACAACCCCUACGGAAAUCAGCCCGACAUUUCUUUCUUCCAACGAUUCAUUCGCUACGUCAAGCGUCAUUGCCACAAUGUCAUUGUUAAGGUUGUUUGCAAGCUCUCAACUAAAACUCGCCGUAACUCUCAUCAAACUCCUAUUUCCACAAUGAUCACUAUUGAUUGUCGCAUUACCGAUGUUGAAACCGCUGCUGCUAUCACAGUUUACGACAACAUGCGUCUUCGGCCUCUUGCUGCCACAUCAGGACCAACAGUUGGGGAAGUGUUGGAUACUGUGCUCCCAGCCUCCGUCCACAGGGCAGAGUUUACCAGGGUGGACAUCGCGAAUGCCCUCGUCGACUCGUUGAGACUUGAGAACUUCAUGGUUUCUGAUCAAGGAUGUCGAGCAAUCAAUUUGGCUCCCCCGGCUCCAGUUCAUGUGCCUGGUCAAGGUGUCAGAACUUUAACUUCUGUUGCUCAUGGGAAUUUGAAUGAGUUUGUGGCCACCGACACGUGCAUUACCACUAUCCAAACAACUACGCCGACAACAUCUAUCGAGGCCCUAAACACUGUCCGUCCUCGGUGGCUUGCUGGUCCAGCGAGACAAGCAGCCCAAGAGGUAUUCAAUGCGGAUCCUUCGAGCAUGAUGGAUGCGGUAGUCGACUCGCUCACGCUUGAGAACCAGUCAAACAGGGAUCUCAGAUACAGGGUUGUUGAUUUGGCGCCGUUGGCUCCAGUUCAUAUGCUCGGAGAUCAUCGCAGGGUUUCUUCUGAGGUAUCUUACGGAAACGUCCAUGAUGACGGGCCUGAGGUCCUUGAGCUUUAG